AUGGUUUCCCUCAAGUCAUUGUGCCUUUACGGCGCCGCGCUCAUUACCGCGGUUCAGGCCAUACCUACUCCGUCCUCGGAUACUUCCCUUGCCGGCAGAGACGCCUCUUUAGGUUCGUCUGAAAUUCAGCCCGCCGCUAUUGCGCGCGAGAUUUUGGAUGGAUCAGACUCCACCGAUCUAUCCAAAAGAGUCGGACGUGGCCGCAUGACUCUGCAGUGGUCAGCCCAAGGUCGCAUCUUUUUCAUGCUCGGCGCUGGUUUCCCUCAAAGCAUUAUCGACAGCUUUGCACAACUGGGUGAAGGUGGUCCAGCCAAGGGUUUGAUGUCCGAGUUUUGGGGCUGGGCUCUCGACCACCAGUCUCUCAACCGGAACGUCCGUGAGGCGUGGCGGAUGACGAAUUCUGCCACGAGAAGUGCCAUCUAUGGCAAAGCUGGAGGCGUCAUUUCGAACGACUUCGGGUUCGGCCUUCAGACGGCCGGCGCCUAUGCCAACCCUACGCUCGCUCAGAUGCAGAACCUGAUCCAGGCAAUCCAUGACUGGGCCAGCUCACAGGGCAGCGUCGUGCAGGUCAUCCAGCGCCCCAACGACUUUUUCAGCCUCUCUGAGAUCGGGGCAUCGACGCGACGUGACUUGGAGGAUCGUGCUCGCGGAAGCACUUGCCCUAAGAGCCAGAACUUACUGCAGUAUGCUACCAAAGAUGUUUCUAGCGAUCUGAACAUCAACAGAGAUUUCCGAGCGGCUGGACAGUGUGGCAACAUGUGA